AUGCCUCGCCUUGUACGCCGCCAGCCGUUGGCGGAGCGUAUCAAAGCCUAUCUAAACCCGCUGGACUUUCUGCUUUGGCUAUCGGAAGAGAUUGACACAAAUGACUGGGACCAGCUUGAGAAAAACUGGGCGCUGCCGCUGGGUGUGAUUUUGAACAUUGUAUUUAUGAUUGCGAGGGCCAACAGUCGGCAGAGCGGCAGUCAAGCCGUUGAUGAUGUGUUUGGCGAGGGCGACGGAGUUUCCUUGCUCAGUUGGCUGGCAUCGUUUAUCGUCCACUUCCUGAUCUGCGUCGCCGGCUUGAACACCUUCUACACAUUCCAACGUAAACGACACUAUCGCUUGUUUGAAGCCUCGGUCGACCAAACCCCUGCUACACCAUCUGCUCAACGUGUUCGAGUCGAUUCUACUCCGGUAACGGCCUCGCCAAUCCGAUACCUUGCUCAUGCGCUUACUGGGUCUGCUGAGUCGAGGGCUCACCCAGAUGCCAUGCGCGAUGUCUGGGAACUUGCGGUUUGGGACCCUCUACCAAUUUGCCUCCGGCUAUUCUGUCUCUUCAGCCCUGGUCAUGUCCUUAUCUACUGGAUUUUUCUGCCAACACAACUUUCCGACCCUCGGCCUAGCGUUACCAUCGUUACGACUCUAGUAGUGACGACCCUGCUAUCAGUGCAAAUGUCAUUCCUCUCAUCGUUCUUCAAACAGCAGGCUAAGGACGCUAUGGUGGUUCACAAGGAAGUGCUGAAAGAAUACGACACGAAAUUUGUUCAUCCCCGAACUCAGCCGUUGAUGAGAGAGGUGGGAACUCAGUUCUCGGGACCCAACUCUGACUUCGAAGAGAAAUAUAACAAAGUUGAUACAUUUACGCCAGCUGUUGUUAUAAACCGGGGAUUCAAGACUAGCCCGAACCCCAACUAUGUGAGGCAUAUCGACCCAGAAGGAAACUCCUCUCGGAAUAGCUCCUUCUCUUCCACGCCCAUAAGGACCUCUCACUCGGUCCAAACUCCAAACCAUCUGCGGGAUACUUCUCCGGCCAUCAAAGCACCUCUAGGUUCCAUCCGCCAGCCUCAAUUUCGGCAAACUCCAAGUCGCACAGGCGGCGAUGGUGGUAGCCUUGGGGUAUACUCACACGCCAAUUCACCUUUGCGAAAGUCCACUCCAGGUAAUUUUGAUCGCCGCCUGCAUAACAACGGGGAUUUCUUCUAUAGAGAACGAAGCGCAAAACCUUCAAGCCCCCUGAAGAAGAGUAAUGUGUCGACCGCAACUAGUCCCAUGACGCCGAGAACAAGCAGCAAAAGCAAUCUCCGCCGGGAAACCGGGCGCUUUUAG